UACAGUGACAGCCACAAGCACAGAUGGGUUUGCCAGGUGCAUGGAAGUCAGUUCCGUCAAUGGCCACUAGCCACGGCCGAAUAAUCGCUCCGAAAAAGUCCCGAGUGAUCCAGCAGCAGAAACUGAAGAAGAACCUGGAGGUCGGCAUCCGUAAGAAAAUCGAGCACGAGGUGGUGAUGAAAGCCAACGCCAACCAGCCCAAGAAACUGACCCUGCUGAAGACGCCGAAAGCGGAGGCCAAAAAGGAGGCGCCCGGCCCCUCCGGCCAGUCCUAGCCGUCCUUUGAGUUGGUGGCAGAACGUGGCACCCCCCCCUUCCGUGGCACCCCCCUUCCGUGGCACCCCCUCUGUGCAGCUGGGACUUUCCAACUUUCCCAGGUGGUCCCUUUGCUAUAUGAAAAGCUUCCUUUCCGGCAAGAAGUCACCCGGGCUGUUGGGCACCUCGUUCUUUAUUCCCGGGUGAGGAGAGGAGCUUUUGUUCCCGGAUUGGGAGCCGUUUGGUGACGAGGCUCACGUGACCUUUUCGAGACGACAGUGGCCACUCACAGAGCCGUUCUCAGCUCUCCCAAAUUGACAGAGCCAGACUCAAAGUUGAAAACUACAGACUCAUAGGAAAGAUGACAACAUGGCUCAUUGUCACUGUACUCCAGUUUUGUACUUACCUGGUACCCAUGGCUACAAUAAGGGCUCUUUUUGUAGCAGGAACUCCUUACCAAGCUCUUCUUAC